GUAUUAACCAUCAAAGGGGCAGCGCGAACAAAGGGGUGUCCGAGAGCUCGCUGAUUGGCUCAUCCGAGCUCUGUAACAACAGAUGGGGGUAUUCCUCCUCACACACUCCCCCAAAAUCCCGAUUGUUUCCGAUGCGCCCACUGAGCCUCGAACCCGUCCCGGUUUGUGUGAGCGAGCCCGGAAUCGGUCCAUUGUAUCGUGGAUUGUUGAGGGGUGCGUUUGCUUAAGGCGCAAAUCUACAGAUAAGAUUAAAACGCCUCCAAAAUCUGACCCGACCGACGUUGGCAUCGGACAUCUGGGAAGCGGAGAUCGACACGCGUGCCGAGUAGGAAGGGAGUCCUUUCAUGCAGUCGUGGCUGGAUUAAAAUGGAUGACAGGAUUGAUGGAGUGCGAUUUGGGGAGAACAAAUUCAUCAGCAAGCGCAACAUUCUCUCUCAUCUAAAGACCUACAAUCUCUACUAUGAUGGAAAGAACCUGCAGUUACGACACAGAGAGGAAGAGGGGGAGUUGAUCAUAGAAGGACUUCUCAAUAUCUCGUGGGGUUUGCGUCGACCAAUCAGGCUUCAGAUGCAGGACGACCACGAGCGAAUCAGACCACCUCCCUCCUCUACCUCCUGGCACUCAGGCUGUAACCUAGACAACCAGAGUCAGGAGGGUCAGAACCAGACUCCGCCUCAGGUAGAGGUCACACCUCCAGAGGACCAAUCAAGCAACGGCACAACACAUGGACCUGCAGAGGAAGAUGAAGCAGAAGAGGAGGGUGACGUCUCAUCUCAGCUUCUUAGAACCAAAAGUGAUGCUGGGGUGCUGAGACGGGGCAGGAGGCGGUCUCCUAGCGACCAGCGGCGAAUCAGAAGACACAGAUUUUCUAUCAAUGGCCAUUUUUACAACCACAAGACGGCUGUGUUCACACCUGCAUAUGGUUCUGUAACAAACGCACGGAUAAACAGCUGUAUGACCACACCACAGGUGCUGCGAGUCUUACUGAACAAGUUUAAAAUUGAGAACAGCCCUGAUGACUUCGCCCUGUACCUCGUUCACACCAGCGGGGAGCGUGUUAAGUUGAAGCGUACAGACUAUCCAUUAGUAGUGAGAAUACUUCAGGGACCAUGCGAGCAGGUCUGCAAGAUAUUUCUCAUGGAGCAGGACCUGGGAGAAGAGAUACCCUAUGAAGUGGCGCAAUACAUAAAGUUUGAGAUGCCUGUCCUGCAGAGCUUUAUCAUCAAACUGAAGGAAGAGGAGGACAGAGAGGUACAGAAGCUGAAAAGCAGAUACAAGUACCUGCGAUAUAUCAUUGAGAAACAGCUGCAGUGUUUACCAGAAGGUUCCACUUGUAUGUGAAGAGCACUUCACCUUUCCUGUUCCCUUAGCACUCAUGUCUCUUAACAUUGUCUCUCAGUGCACAUGCUCCCUCUUUGUUUUAAUGAAAGGGCUCCUAGACUGAACUUCUUCAGCACGUUCCGUCAGUCUAAACCACUAAUAUGCAUUUAAAGAGUUUAUUUCCAAAAUGAUGAAAAAUCAUGUUUUUUAUUGUGCAUUCCAAUUAAUAUCUAUCAAACUGCAGUUGGAUUUGUUUGUAGUCAUAAAAACAAAAAAAUACAGCUAACUAACACAAUAAAAACAUGAUAAAAUAAACAAAAACAUGAUUUUGGAAACUUUUAAAAACAGUUUCUCAUUUUGGAAACAAACACUUUCUUUACUGGCCAAUGAAGAUGGUACACCUUGUAAUAUAAAAUAGUUUUUAUAUUUUUCCUCUCUGUUGUUAGAUUGGUGCUAUAGCGAAUCACGUUCAGGUACAAUAAUAUAAAAGCACAUUCCACUAAAGCAGGGAAUUUCUUCAUCCGGUUAUGACUGGAAAUGGAAAUUAUAAUGACAAGCACAAGGUAACAAAGAUUAGAGACAAUUGUAGAACGUUUAGUUAAAGAUUACAUGAAAUCUCUUUAAGAGUGCAGGAUAUCGAAGAUUUCCUUUCUCCGAGCCAAUAGGAAUGAACAAUGAUUGGCAGGAUGGAUCUUAUACUAGAGCAUGAUUGGACAUACAUCUGUCAAUAAUCAAUAUUUCUGCUCAAUCUUUUGUUUUAAAGUCUGUAUGUGAGAUGUGUUUAAGAUUUUAGGAGUGAGCUAGCAGAACAUAAAACAUACAGUAAGGACUAAGAACCACAGAACUGAUUUCAUGGGGUAUUUAUCCCUUUUUAUAAAUCUUUCCCAGGUCCUGAUUGUUUGUUCCCUUUAUAUCUCGGAUGUAUUCGGAAUAUAUACUUUAUUUUCUUUUAUAAUGCAUAUCUGUCUAAACAGCAGGAAUGGUAUACAUGCACUGCCUAUAGUGUGAGCUUAACAUUUUUGAUUCCAGCUGACCCACGUCUCAUUCAGACAGUGAUUUAAAGACUCCUUUUUACCAGAAAGGUAAUAAUUGUCUGUGUGAAUUAAAGUAUUUCAUGCUGAGGAAAAAGACUGUGAAUUUAAAGAAUGAGUGAGAUCAGAAUGAUGAAGGGGAAUGUAGGAUGUGAACAGCUGAACACUGUUCGGAUGUGUGUUAGUAUGACUAGUAUGUGUUUUUGGGUACCUGAAGAGGAAAGCAUGACUAUAGUUGCUAAAAAAUAAGUACAUUUUUUACAUUUUGACAACUCGUAUUUACACCUACUGACAUGUGUUGUCAUAGUUCAUAUGGUAAGAUAAAGUUUGAUAUCUGGCAUGAAUUUAGUCUAUAUUAUGUUACUGAAUGUAAAACUGAGAAUAUGAUGAUAUAUUAUAUUUAA